UUUAUACAGUUUGUUUGUGAAGAAAAGUUGAUUUGAGUUUAAGAGACUCCAUGGUCUUUGAACGCAUCAUGAUUAGUUAUAGUUUGUCUGAGUGUGUGUAUGUGUGUGUGUGUGUUUGGGGGCUAUAUCAGUGUCAUCCUCAGCUCCAGCAGGGUGUGUGGCCAUCAGACGGCUCCUCUCCUCUGGACGGAGGCAUUAAAACCUCUGAAUCUGGAGCUGAAGCUGCAGAGCAGCGGUGUGGAGGGUUGAGCGGAAAUGAGGAGAAAUGAACUCAGGUCGACAAUCACAGACUAAUAUUCCUCCUCCAUCAUUCUCCAGGCCUCCUGCCCUUCCAGCGCAUUAAAAGCGCAUUAAAUAUCAUUAAAGUAACGACCAUAUUCCUCUGAAAUUGCUCUAAUAAUCAUUUGACAUGAGACUUUUUCCUCUCUUUGACCGGAUAAUCGUUAUUUUCGGGGUUAUUUCCGCGCGCCGUGGCGCAGCGUGGGCUGGGGCCGGAGGGGGCGUGUGUUGGACGGACGGGGCGUGGAUGUGGGUUUCCCGUGGAGCACCAGGACCAGAACCCGCGGAGGACCAGACGAACAUCCCGGCAUGCUGCUCUCCAGUCUGGGGACGUGAGGGUCCGUCAGUGAUGGAUGCGUGGCGCUCCGCUGUGACGCGCAGUGGGCAGGUUUGGCGCACAUCGCGCCUGUGGAUGAGAUGAUCCGGUUCGCGGCUGAACCAUGAAGUCCCUCGGCGUGCCAUGCUUCCUGCGCUCCGUCCUCCAUGGGAUGCAGUAGAUGGAGAGCUGCGCUCAACUUCGGACACCUGAAGGCGCAGUCCAGGCUGCCCGUCUUCUUCACCAUGAUCUUCCUCUUCACCUACCUCUGCUACUGCCUCAGCAGCCGCUGCGACGCGCUGCCCCGGCCGGUGUUCAGCAUCGGCGCUCCGGCGGCCGAGCGGCUCCUGGGCUCCGCGGUGCCGCUGCUCCGGCAUCGGUUGGCGGACUCCGCCGGCGGCCUCCGGCCUCCCGACAACAUCUCCGUCUCCAAUAACUUCGGCAGCAAGAAGUUCCCGCAGGCCAUCAUCAUCGGGGUGAAGAAGGGCGGAACCCGGGCGCUGCUGGAGUUCCUGCGGGUCCACCCGGACGUCAGAGCCGUGGGCGCCGAGCCUCACUUCUUCGACCGCUGCUACGACAAGGGGCUGGGCUGGUACAGGAGUUUAAUGCCUCGGACUCUGGAGGGUCAGAUCACCAUGGAAAAGACUCCAAGUUACUUCAUCACCAAAGAAGCUCCGCGCCGCGUCCACGCCAUGAGCCGCCACACCAAACUCAUCGUGGUGGUGCGAGACCCAGUGACCCGGGCCGUCUCUGAUUACACCCAGACGCUGUCCAAAUCUCCUGGGCUUCCAUCGUUCCAGAACCUCGCCUUCCGCAACGACAGCGCGGCGCUCAUCGACACGUCCUGGAGCGCCGUACGCAUCGGCAUCUACGCCAAGCACCUGGAGAACUGGCUGCGCUACUUUCCUCUGUCACGCUUCCUGUUUGUAAGCGGGGAGCGGCUGGUGACAGACCCAGCGGGGGAGAUGGGCAGAGUCCAGGACUUUCUGGGCCUCAAACGCGUGGUGACGGACAAACACUUCUACUUCAACCAGACCAAAGGUUUCCCCUGCUUGAAGAAGCCUGAGGGCAGCAGCCGGCCGCGCUGCCUGGGGAAGUCGAAGGGCAGACCGCAUCCUCAGAUACCGACUGAGGUUCUGCUCAGGCUCAGAAACUUCUACAGACCCUUGAACCUCAAGUUCUACCAAAUGACCGGCCAAGACUUUGGCUGGAGCUGAACGCCGGCCCACCAAACAUCUUCCAUCCGUCAAUGCCAGCCUGGUUGUGAAGCUUUUCCAAAGAGACUUUUAGCUCCUCAAGGUCCUUGCAGAAGUUAUUCUUAUGUCUUGACUCCACUGAGCGGUACGAUACGGGUCGACUUGGUUCGGUUCUGUAUUUUAUGCCCGGUGUAUUCACCACUAUUGGGCCGGCGGGGUUACACCCUAGUAAAAGGUUCCCACCCCAAUAAACUAUUGUACCGACCUGACCCGAAAUGAGGAGUUAUAACCUUGUUUAAGCUAGUAGUUCUUGAGCCACGUUAGUAAAACUGAAGUCCUAGUCAAAUCCCUCAGAACCACACGCCACAGAGACACACACUACUUUAACAGUUGUUCAAACUUCCAGCCUUCAAAGAGCUGAAUGUAUUAUGACCUGUCAAAAUAAAAGCACACAUACAGUUAAUGUAUGGGUCAAAGGGCUAAUGGACCCGAACAGAACCACACAAACCAAGGGAGGCACUUUGAGUCAUGGUACUAUCACAAUAAAAGUACAUAGGUUGGGAAUCAGCUGUUCACCUCCACAUCUACAGUUACAUGUAAAAAUAAUUUUAAUAUUUCAAAGUGAAGAACUUUUAAAGUUUAUUUGUUUAUGAAUUAAGGAAGAACUCCUGGUCCAAACAGGCUCCUGACAUUCAAACUGCUAAACGUUUCCAUGCUGAACGUUUCCUCUUCGGCGGUGCUUUGCAUAUUUACAGACCUAAACAAAAACUCCCAGCUGUUUCCUAACUGACUGGCCUGGUGCUCAUAUAUGCAACUUUGUAUUUUUG